AUGCCUUCCAGAGAAGAUGUCUACUAUUUUGGCGCGGGACCAGCCCCACUGCCAACUCCCGUCUUGGAGGAGGUAUGCAACAAAACAUUCUCUCAUCAGUUGCAACGCUAGAGCGAAUCUGACCUGUUCCCAGGCUUCCAAAGUCAUUCUCAACUACAACGACUCGGGAGUGGGCAUAGCAGAAAUCUCGCACCGCAGCGCAGACGCGACCGACAUUCUCGCCAACGCCCAGAAAGGCCUUCGUCAGCUCCUCGAUAUCCCCGAGUCGGAUGGCCCGGACGGCUACCAAGUUCUCUUCCUGCAAGGUGGCGGCAGCGGAGGCUUCAGCCAUGCCGUGUCCAACAUGGUCUCCAUCUGGGUCGCCAAACAACUCAAAGCGGUUGGGGGCGACGAGGAGAAGCUCAGGGAGAUUGUCGACAAGCAGCUCAAGAUGGACUACUUGGUCACGGGAUCAUGGUCCCUCAAAGCUUCUCAGGAAGCAGGGAGACUGGUGGGCGAAGACCACGUCAACCUCGUCACGGAUGCCAGGAAGCACCGCGAUGGCAAAUUCGGUGUCAUCCCGGCGCAGUCCACCUGGAACGCCACCCAAGACGAGUCCUCCGUGGCCUUGACCUACUACUGCGACAACGAGACCGUCGAUGGCGUGGAAUUCCCUUCAACCCCUCCAGGCCACAAUUUGGUCGCCGAUAUGAGCAGCAACUUCCUUUCCAGACCAGUCGACCUGAAGAAGCACGCCGCCAUCUUCGGCGGUGCACAGAAGAACGUGGCAAACGCCGGCAUCACCAUCGUCAUCCUGUCCAACUCCGUCCUACCACCUCACGCAGACUAUGCCAAGCCUGCCCUUCUCCGCAAGCUCGGUCUGCCCGUUAGCCCUGUCGUCUUCGACUGGCCGACCAUUGCCAAGAACAACAGCCUGUACAACACAUUGCCCAUCCUUGGUGAGUUAACCAGUGCAAUCCGUUCGAGAAUAUCAUACUGACGGUGAGACGAAGAUGUCUGGAUUGCCGGCCAGGUCAUGCAAGGCCUCAUCAGCAAAGCCGGCAGCACCAGCGGUGUGAAGAUCGCAGGCCAGCAAGCCGAAUCAGACAAGAAGGCCUCUCUUCUCUACUCCACCCUGGACAGCCAUAGCAAUAUCUACCACGUCGUCCCGGAUAAGAGCGUCCGGAGCCGCAUGAACAUCUGCUUCCGCGUCAAGGGAGGCGACGACGCCGCGGAGAAGGCAUUCCUCAAGGGCGCGGAGAGCAGAGGACUCCUCGGACUCAAGGGUCAUCGUAGCGUAGGAGGUAUCCGUAUCAGCAACUACAACGCCGUUCCAGUGGCCGCGGCGGAGAAGUUGGCCAAGUAUCUGCAAGAGUGUGCGCAAGACUCGGCUGCCUAA